UUUUUUGCUUUCUUAAUGCAGGGGCCUGAAUCCAGCCUGGCCUGGCACAGGCCAUAUUGUACAAAUCUCCUUCAGGCCAUUAGAAUUCUGAAAGACUUGAUUGCAAAGUAUAUUCCACUGGUUUUCAAAGGAAGUGCAGCUACAUGAAGAACAACAAAGGAAGCUGAUUUUUUUUAAAAAAUAGCGUUUGCAAAAAUGACUUCAAGUUGUACGACUCCAGUAUUUGCUUUGAUGAUUUUGUAUUUAGCUGCUGCAGGUCCUGUGCCAAGGAAUGAAUGUACCCUAUCACCUGUUAAUAGUUCCCACCCGGUUCACGCCCUGCUGGAAAGCUUUACUGUCUUAUCUGGCUGUGCAAGCAGAGGCACGACAGGUCUGCCCCAGGAGGUGCAUAUCCUCAAUCUCCGAAACCCUGAGGAAGAUCUUGGCUAUCAUGAAAGAGAGGUCACAUUGCAUUUGAAUCCUAUUUCAUCAGUGCACAUUCAUCAAAAGCCUCUGGUGUUCCUUCUUAACUCUCCCCUGCCCCUGACCUGGAAGAUAAAACCAGAAAGACUAGCAUCUGGAAUCCGAAGAUUUUUCUUUGUAUCUGCAGGUUCCAUUGUUCACUUUGAGAAAGGAAAUUUCUCCUUGUCAGCAGAAACAGAAGAAAAGCCUUUCCCUCAAGGAAAUGAACAUCUGUUACAGUGGGCCCAAAAGGAAUAUGGAGCAGUCACAUCUUUCACUGAACUCAAAAUAUCAAGAAACAUUUACAUCAAAGUGGGAGAAGAUCAAGUGUUUCCUCCCACAUGUAAUAUUGAAAAGAACUUUCUCUCUCUUAACUACCUUGCGGGCUAUCUUCAGCCAAAAAUGGCAGAAGGAUGCCUUUUGUCUAAUACAGGCCAAGAAAGAGAGAUUCAUAUUAUUGAAUUAAUCACUCCAAAUUCCAAUCCAUACAGUGCUUUCCAGGUGGAUAUAAUCAUUGACAUUAGACCAUCUCAACCAGAGGCCAAGCUUGUCAGGGACCUCAUACUUAUCCUCAAGUGUAAAAAGUCUGUCAAUUGGGUUAUCAAGUCACAUGAUGUGCAGGGAAAACUGGAAGUGAUUGCACCUAAUAGCAUUGGCUUUGGAAAAGAUACUGAACGAUCCAUGGCUAUGAGUAAAUUAGUAAUACCUGAUAUUCCCUCAUCUCAUGAGAGUUUGAUUAAGUGGGCUUAUGACCGUGGCUAUAGCCCAGUUAUCUCCUAUACAAAAGCCCCUGUGGCUAACAGAUUCCAUCUACGACUUGAAGACACUGAAGAGAUGAAUGAUGGAGAAGGCCAUUUUCUUUCCCCAGAGCCAACAGAACUCCUAGAUACUAAACCUCUGCCAGCUCCAAACAACCCUUUAUUUAGCGAUGGCCUUGGUUUUCCCUUUCACAUUAACAAAGGAAGAUAUGACAAGGUGGGAGAAGGCAUCUCCCCAGCAAGGGAUGCAAUGGAUGCAAUACUAAAACGAGACUUUGAGCAACUGUUUCAAAAAGCCAAAGAACCUGAAGAGGUACAGGGAAGCAUCAAUGUAGCCCUGUCGGUGAAAUGUGAUGACAAAAUGAUGACUGUAGUUGUAGAAAAGGAGUCUCUGCAGGCAAAUGGCUACAUGGAGACAGAACUUUCACUUCUGGAUCCUUCCUGUAAAGCUAAGAUGAAUGGUACCCAUUUCAUUUUGGAAUCAGCACUGCAUAGCUGUGGGACACGGCAGAUAGUCUAUCCCUUGGAUAACAUUGUUUAUUUAAACUCUAUUGUUAUUCAGCUGUCAGCACCAGUUGAAGGCAGCGGUUGGAUGUCCGAUGACGAUGACAUGGAAUCGGGUGAUAAUGGAUUUCCAGGGGAUGCUGAUGAGGGGAUGCUGAUGUUUCCAAGCAGGCCUGAAAUAGUUGUGUUUAAUUGCACACUGCAUCAGGCAGAGGGUGGCAAAGCCUCUCUAAAUCCUCCCAUAUUCUGGCCUUCUGAACCACGUAUCACCAAUGUGACCUUCAACAUGGAGCUUUAUAAAACAGAUCUCUUCCUGGCUCCCUGCCAAGGACUCUUCUCUGUUGCUGAGAAUGGACAGAUUUACGUUGAGGUUUCUGUGACUAAAGCUGACAGAGCCCUGGGCUUUGCAAUCCAAACAUGCUUUAUUUCUCCAUACUCAAACCCGGAUAGGGUGUCUGACUAUACCAUCAUAGAAAACAUUUGUCCUAAAGAUGAAUCUGUUAAAUUCUACAAUGAACAGAAGGUGAAUCGUCCUAUACCACAAGUACAGACAGACAAAAAGAGGUUUAGCUUUGUGUUUAAGCCAAUAUUUAAUAUUUCACUACUAUUUCUUCACUGUGAGCUGACAUUAUGUACAAAUAAAGAGAAAGAUACCCAAGGACUGCCUAAGUGCAUUCCUCCUGAUGAAGCCUGCACCUCUCUCAAUGUUAAUAUGAUCUUGGCCAUGAUGCAGAAUAAGAAGACAUUUACCAAACCCCUUGCUGUAAUACCCCAUGAAGAGAAACCAAAAGGCCCACUCCCUUCCAAUCCCAAAGUGAGUGGACCACAGCCACCCGUCUUCUAUGGCCUGGACACUCUGACUGUUGUGGGCAUCGCCUUUGCAGCAUUUGUGAUUGGAGCACUGCUGACAGGAGCAUUGUGGUUUAUCUACUCACAUACAGGUUCCCACCUCAGUACGGUGCACAGAAUGGACAUACAAGGAGCAGACAGAAUUAAGGAGAAACAGCAGGAAGACAGCAGGUCCCCACAUCCCCACCAGCCUCUGAAAACAGCAGUGCAGCACAUAGUAUUGGCAGCACACAAAGCACCCCCUGUUCCAGCAGCAGUACAGCCUAACCCAGGGGGAGUAGAAGGCCAAGGAGCAGCAUAGGAGGGCAGAGGUUCAAAGGGACUGUUUGUUGACACUAGCUUUCCGACGUUGAAAGGAUUAAUUUGGUUUCUUUUGAAAAAUUAGGAGGGAUUUCUCUAUAGAAGAAAAUCACCUGAUUUUCUGGAUAAAUAGAGUCUUUGGACCUUUCUACAACACAUUAUGCUACAUGUGACAAAGCUACUAGUUUUACAGUACUGCAGCCUGUUAAAAGGGUCUGCAGGCUCUCAAUGUGAAAUACAUGCCAGUUUGAAAAAUGCUGCUUUGUCUAUAAAAUAA